GAGUUCCGGUACAGAGACAUUCUCACACCCGCGCUGUCGCUCAGGUCGCCCGCUGUGAGACUGUCCCGGCUGAACUCUGGACGUGACCUCGCGCGGCUGCACGCAGAGGCUCGUUUAGGAUCUGAGGGAGUCUGGAGUCUGAGGAUGAUGCGUUUCCUGCUGCUGUUCAGUCGUCAGGGGAAGCUCCGGCUGCAGAAAUGGUUCACGGCUUUCAGCGAUCGUGACAAGAAGAAGAUCAUAAGAGACGUCACGCAAAUGGUGCUGGCGCGACCGCCGAAGUCCUGCAACUUCCUGCAGUGGAGGGAUCUGAAGAUCGUCUACAGGAGGUAUGCGAGUCUGUAUUUCUGUUGUGGUUUGGAGCAAGGGGACAAUGAGCUGCUCACACUGGAGCUUCUGCACAGAUACGUCGAGCUGCUGGAUCAGUACUUUGGCAAUGUGUGUGAAUUAGACAUUAUUUUUAACUUUGAGAAGGCAUACUUUAUCCUGGAUGAGUUUAUUAUUGGUGGAGAGGUGCAGGAGACAUCCAAAGCAUCUGUGGCCAAAUCAAUGGAGGAGGCAGAUUCUCUUCAGGAGACGAUGGAGGAGUAUUUAAACAAACCCACAUACUGAAGGAACAUCACAGCCAUCACCUCACUCCUCAAAGACACAACAACAAGAACUUCAUAUGCUGAAUGUAUUUAAUUGAGCUUCCAUACAAAGUCACAACACUGAAAUAGCAACACUUUGCAUUAGUAAGCAUUUCAAACUACUUUUGAGAUAGUGAGAAUACUAUUAUUAAAUUAUAGGAGUUUAAUAUGUAGCACAUUUGGUUUUAGACAAUCAGGGAGAGAUACACUCAUGGACACUAAUGGAGUCAG